AUGAGGUCGUCACCUUCCCCAGAGCCGUCGGAGAUGUCGCUGUCGUUGGAGAAUAGAGGAGCCCGAGGCGGGAUAACUUCGUUGGCCGUCAGGGAUGGGAGUACGCCUGCGGAUCCCACGCUUGCUGGUCACGUCGAGGACGAUCGCGCGAUUGCAAAUAAACGCAAACCCUACCACAGCAUCAAUUUUAUCAUUGCACAUGAUGGGUUUACACUAUAUGAUCUUGUUUCCUACAAUUAUAAGCAUAAUAAUGCUAAUGGAGAAGGUGGCAAUGAUGGAUGCAAUGACAAUUACAGCUGGAAUUGUGGUUUUGAAGGGGAAACAAAAGAUGUUAAUGUUUUAAGUCUACGUUUACGGCAAAUGAAGAACUUCCAUUUAGCAUUGAUGAUUUCUCAGGGAACACCAAUGAUGCUAAUGGGGGACGAGUAUGGGCAUACUCGCUAUGGGAAUAAUAAUAGCUAUGGACAUGACACUUCCAUAAAUCAUUUCCAGUGGAAACUGUUGGAACAAAGAAGGGACAGUCUUUUUAGAUUUUUUUCUGAGAUGAUCAAAUAUCGGCACAAGCACCCCAUCUUGCGACGAGACAGAUUUCUUACCAAAAAGGAUGUUACUUGGCACGAGGACAAUUGGGACAACCAUGAAAGCAAGUUCUUAGCUUUUACGCUUCAUGAUGAUCAAUUUGGAGGCGACAUCUAUGUAGCAUUUAAUGCACAUGAUUAUUCUGUGAAAGUUACCGUACCUUCACCACCUCAGAAUAAGCAAUGGCAUCGAGUGAUUGAUACAAAUCUAGAAUCCCCCAAAGAUUUCAUUCCAGAAGGCAUAUUAUUCACCAAUCCCUGUUACAAUGUUGCUCCAUAUUCUUCAAUUCUCCUGGAGGCAAAGCCUUGAACACCUACCAUCUGCUUAUGUGGAGUCCACAGCUGCUUCAAGAGUCAACAUAAAAUAGUUUUCCGCAAAUAUAGACAUCCUUUUCAGGAAGGGUAAGUGCAUCUGUACGUCUCAGAUGUUCACAUUUUGUAUACGUUUUGUAUUGUUCAAAUGAGUGUAUUAGAACUCAUAAUAAAAACCUAUUAAAUUCAUGCCUAAAAACAAUAUCUAAAACCUAUCUGUUACAUAUAAUAGGUGGUUUUUUUGUCCGCUCAAUAAUUACCAAGAACAAUACCCUUGUAAAUAUUUGUUAACCUCUUGCAGAAUGUUGCAAUAAAUUGUUUGGUUCCUCAAA